GGCUCAUCAAGCUAUGCAUCAAGUCGGUGUCCACCCAUCAAUCAAGAUCAAUCAAUCAGUCAUGAUCUAUCACGAUCCGUCCCCCAAUCGAUCACAUCUUCGUCUAGGCUGAACCGCCGCAGCAGCCCGCGGAACAGCGGCAUGGACACGGGGAAGCGCACGUUCAUCGGCUGGGAGGCAUCGGCAGCAGGCAACUCAGUCGUCUGCAGCUCGAUCUUGCCGCCCCACACAAGGAGGCGAGCCGCGACCGUCUCACCGGGUCUGAUGCCGCAGAGGAUCACCCGACGCGAUAUGAUGUCGUUGCCGCGACUGCACGUUAUCCCUGAGAGCGCCCCGAUCUCCUCAGGAAGGGCGUCACCGAGCAGGGACAGAAAUCGGCUGUCGUUUUCACCCACGUCCGCCUUGAUGUGGGUGCAGGCAGGCAGGGACGUGGACUUGCCUUCGCGAGAGGCCUGUUGCGAUGAGGUGGGGAGCGGGGGAACGAAGAUGUUGCUGAGUAGGAAGGAAGUGAAGGAGCUGCGUGCCAAAGGAAACUUCUCGCCGUCCAUGGGCGGGUCGUACGCGUCGGUUGUCAUCCAGAUGUCAUCGGUGGCCACCCAUCUCGAUGUAGGCAGAUCCACUACUGGAUCGUGUCUGUCGUAGCUCUCAAUGUAGCAGUGGUUGGCAGGCAAAUCCGCCAACGGCACCACACGGCAAUGGUGCAGCAGCGAAUCGGCCGGGAUGAUGAAGUAGCCGGGCCCAGCGGUCUGCAACGCCAUGUUGCGUCCGUCGGUGGGAUCCGCCAGCAGGUGGCCCACCAUCCGGUAGAUGCCCAUCAUGAGAGGGAAUCGGUCGAAGCUCGCGCGCGUCGGCAGGUUGGCAGCCACCCACAGGGCCGACACGAUCAGCGGCAGCGUGCUGUGGGACGUCAUGGAGUAGAUGAUGGCCAGCCGCAAGAGCAUACCCAUCCGCUUCCACUCGCUGCCGCCCUGGUCGAGCACGUAGGCGAACCGCAGGAAGUACUCGAAUCGGCUAAGGUUGAAGAACCGGACAGUGUUGCGGUUGACGUCAAUGAGUCCGGUGAGCUGAUGACGGGCCAGCAGGCCGUCGACCCGGGCCAGGAGGACCUCGGCGGUGACGAGUGCGGCGCCGAGUGAGCGAGAGGUCGCGCGCAGGGGGAGCAGCUCGGUUAGCGGAAGGCAUCGCAUUACUCGGGCACGCCACAGCUCAAUCGGGACGUCACCAGUCCGAUCACGCCUGCAUGCACAGAGAAGGCACAGAGCCGUGACAGAUGUGAAUCAGCCACACUUUCUCUCGGCUGACCGACCCAGCGUGAGGUCGCACAAAAGAGGCGGCAAUCGGCGGCCUCACGGGAGAGGAGGUGGGAGGGGCGAUGGGGGGGGACGGCGGCAUGCCGAAGACGGUCGGCGGGACGAGAGUGGGCCGAAUGGCAAUGGGACGCAUGUGGGCGGCUGCAAGAGGCGGGACGACAGGAACAUGGAUGAAAUGCGACCCAGGAUGUGACGGACGAGCCGGAGGGCCCGUGGACGGCCUUUCCGAAGGGUUGCCGUAGCCCGGCGGCAACAUUGUCACUCAAUAGUGGGAUGCAUUGCGGCCAUUGGAGAGGGCGUGGACAGCUGGCCGACUCGCCAAAACCGGAGCAUCAGGAGGAGGGGGAAGGAAGGUUUCUAAGGUUUCUCUGCC